GUUAUAAUUAUGGCAUAAGCUUAAAAAGAACAGAUAUAGUACUCAGUGAAAAUGUAUCCCAAAAAACUUAACUAUGCAAUUAUAGUUUUGGUCACAUAUUUUUUAAAUGAAAGUGUUUGUUCUGAACUGGAUGUUGGGUUUUAUAGCUAUUCAUGUGGCAUGGCUGAGUUCAUUGUGAAAGAUGAGGUUAGAAAAAGUUUCAAUAAGAAUCCUGGAAUUGCUGCUGGACUUGUAAGAAUGCAUUUUCAUGAUUGCUUUAUCAGAGGGUGUGAUGCAUCGGUACUUCUUGAUUCGACUCCCUCUAACACUGCAGAGAAAGACUCUCCAGCCAAUAAACCGAGUCUCAGAGGGUUUGAAGUUAUUGAUAAUGCUAAAGCUAAACUUGAAGAAGUAUGCAAAGGAAUUGUUUCAUGUGCUGACAUAGUUGCUUUUGCAGCAAGAGACAGUGUAGAGUUGGCUGGAGGGCUUGGUUAUGAUGUUCCUGCAGGAAGAAGAGAUGGGAAGAUAUCACUAGCAUCAGAUACAAGAACAGAUUUACCUCCUCCAACUUUCAAUGUUAACCAACUCACUCAACUCUUUGCAAAGAAGGGGUUAACACAAAAUGAAAUGGUCACUCUCUCUGGAGCACACACCAUUGGACGCGCUCAUUGUUCUGCUUUCAGCAACAGAUUAUACAACUUCAGCAGCAUUUCAAGGCAGGAUCCAAGUUUACAUCCCUCAUAUGUUGCACUAUUGAAAAGGCAGUGUCCACAAGGAAACACAAACCCAAACUUGGUGGUACCAAUGGACCCUUCUAGCCCUGGAACUGCAGAUGUAGGGUACUAUAUUGAUAUCUUGGCAAAUAGAGGCUUAUUCACAUCUGACCAGACUCUCUUAACUACCACUGGAACAGCCAGACAAGUUAAUCAAAAUGCUAGGAAUCCCUAUCUAUGGGCAAACAAGUUUGCAGAUGCAAUGGUGAAGAUGGGACAAAUUGGCGUCUUAACAGGCAAUACUGGGGAGAUUCGAACAAAUUGCAGGGUGGUCAACAGCUAGAUAUGGUGUUGAUGCAUUGAAGUUCCUGCAGCAGUAACGAUUUAUAAAUUCUAUGGUGUGUUUCAUCUGGUUUUGCGUGCUUUUAUUACAAAGCAAACAACUUUUGUUUUGUUUCUUUUUCUGCCUAGUUGUAACUGGCUUUCAUCUGUUGGUUGAUUGUGGCUCUUUAAUUGGCAUAACAGUGCAUUUUUAUCUUGUUAAAAAGUAUGACAUUGUAUUUUGAAAAGUAGUUCAAAUUAAGAAUUUCCAAACAUU